AAACAGUAAAAAAACUUCCUGACUUCACUACUGCGAUCGUGAUCUAACAAAACCUGCAAAAUGGCGGCUAAAGCCUCACCCAUGGAAGAGGAGCUCUGCUGUUCUGUUUGCUCAGACUUUUACAGGGAUCCUGUUCUCCUGAAGUGCAGCCACAGCUUCUGUGGAGCCUGUUUGCAGAAGUUCUGGGAACAGAAGAGCUCUCGGGAGUGUCCGAUAUGCAAAAGGAAGUCCUCUGUUAAUGAGCCCCCUUUGAACAUGGCCUUAAGAAACAUCGUGGAUGUGUAUUUAAAACAGAAGAUUGAAUGUGAGUCUACAGAGAAGAGUGAAUCUCUCUGCAGUCUCCACGGAGAGAAGCUUCUACUCUUCUGUGUCGAAGACCAGGAGCCCAUCUGUCUGGUCUGUCAGACUGCAGCGAAGCACAGAGACCACCGGGUGUGUCCGCUGCUAGAAGCUGAACUGGAUAAGAAGGAGGACCUCAGAGCUUCACUGAUUCCAUUAAAGGAAAAGCUGGAGAAGUUUACAAAAGUUAAACAAGACUUUGAGAAAACAGCCAAUCACAUCAAGAAACAGUUCCAUCACACUAAGAAGAGGAUAAAUAAGGAAUUUGAGGAACUCCAUCAGUUCCUGAGAGAGGAAGAGGAGGCCAGACUGGCUGUACUGAGAGAGGAAGAGGUGCAGAAGAGCCAGAGGAUGAAGGAGAAGAUAGAAAACAUCUCAAAACAGGUCUCCACCCUGUCAGAGAAGAUCAGAGAUAUUGAGAAGGCUGUGAAUGCUGAUGACAUCUCCUUCUUGAAGGCCAUCAAGGACACCAAAGAAAAAGCCCAGUGCUCACUGCAGGACCCAAAGCUCGAGUCAAGGGCGCUGAUAGAUGUGGCCAAACACCUGGGCUCUCUGAAGUUCAGAGUCUUGGAGAAGAUGCUGGGGACUGUGCAGUACACUCCAGUGACUCUGGACCCAAACACUGCAGCCCCCUGGCUUUCAGUGUCUGAUGAUCUGACCAGCGUGAGAAUCACUGGAGUUAAACAGCAGCUUCCUGACAACCCAGAGAGAUUUGACUCAUGUGUCAGUGUGCUGGGAUAUGGGGGCUUUAACUCCGGAAAACACAGCUGGGAGGUGGAGGUGGGGGACAAACCUGCAUGGACUGUAGGAGUAGCAGCAGAGUCUAUUAAUAGGAAGGGGGGGAUUACCUGCUGCCCAGAGGAUGGAUUGUGGGUUAUAUAUCUGAGGAUUAAUGAUAAGUAUGAAGCAGGUACCUCAAGAGCAACCCCCCUCACACUGAAGAGGAAACCGCAGAGGAUCAGAGUGCAGCUGGACUACGAGGGGGGGGAGCUGUCCUUCAUCAACCCCACUGACAUGUCACUCAUCUACACCUUUGAAGACACAUUCACUGGGACGCUGUUUCCAUAUCUCUGUACAGGUGUGAAUAGAGAUGGUAGCAGUACUGGAGAUAUGAAGAUCUGUCCAGCAAAGGUGUCUGUGACAUCAUCCCAGUAAAGGCGCGUGUGACGGUGACGUCAUCCCAGUAAAGGUGUGUGUGACGGUGACAUCAUCCCAGUAAAGGUGUGUGUGACGGUGACGUCAUCCCAGUAAAGGUGCUUGAUCCAGUCCUCAUAUCCCAGUCAAGGUGUCACUUGUUGAUAUAAACCUGUAAACUCCUACAGAUUUACACUUUGGGUUUCAUGUUAAUUAUUCACCUACAGGA